AUGAUAUAUGGAUGGGGAACUGCUCCACUCGCUCAUGUACAUUUUAACAUUCUGGAAUGGCUAGUUGUAAAGAAGGUAGGAAAUAGACUAGACUUGCUACAAAUCGACCUAGUUCUUAUCCCGACCGAAAAAAAAGCGUGCGAAGCGAGCGUCAUCAAUUAAGGUCGCUCAGCGACUGAGCAAGCGACGAAGUCGCGAAGUUAUCACAAGGGGGUAGCUAGGGGGCGUCCUGGGGUGCCCGUGACCCCCCCAUGGUAGGCCUUCUUUUGAGCAAACAACCUACAAUAUUCAGGUGGCGAAAACGCCAUGACAAUAUCUUGGCCGUAAAAGCCAUUGUUGAAAAGACCACUUUUUUAAAAUUUGUUUUUUUGUAAAGUAUUUUCGUCAACAGCUCUUGCCUUUAGUCUUGAAUAGGGCCAUUUAUACGAGGAAAAAUAAGACGCGUCUUAAAUAAGACGCGAACUGUACCAUUUAUACGAGCAUGUCUUAUCUAAUAAGACGCGUCUUAGCUAAGCCGCGUCUUAUUUUAGACGAAAUGUGCCGUUUAUACAGAAAGUUCGCGUCUUAUUUAAGACGCGUCUUAUUUUUCCUCGUAUAAAUGGCCCUAAUAUGGGCCUUCAUGGGCCUGGUGAGUAGCCUCUGUGACCCCCCCUUUGAAAAAUCCUGGCUACGCCCCUGUAUCAUGACAUCAUCGGUGAAUUAUGAGGGCCCCACUGAAAACCACCUUGGCGAGUUGGGCUCCCUCUAUAAAUAUUAUUAUUAUUAUUAAUUUUUCCACCGGUAAAUUUCGCGCCAAACAGGUAAGAAAAGUCCGUUAAAAAGACAUAACCAACCAGGAAAACAAAAUUUAAAGGACUUUUAAUUAGAAAGUCUAGAAAUAGACUUGAGCUUAAAACAGCCAAAUCUGCACAUAAAAUGACAAAUCGAUCGGGUGAAAAAAAAUCAGAGCAUUUUCGAUUUACUCAUGCAUUCUCACUAACAGCCUACGUAGCCUGUUCCAAGCGUUCAGAUAGUGGAGAGCGGUGCGAAGUAAAGAAAGCGAUAAAAAGUAGAGGGGGACUGGGGAGAGAGUCUCUCACCUCUCCCCCUCCCUCGCUUUUAUUUUUUUCGCGCUCCUUUUUACUUCGCACCGCUCCCCACUAUCUGAACGCCUGGAACUGGCUACAGCCUACGCGGUCCCUGGUAUCGCUUGUGACGUCAUCAGUUUGAACAGUCGUAGACAAUUUUGAUAUCUACGGCUCCUGUUAUCUAUUAUGUCUAUUAUUAAGACCAAUUAAACUGGUGCAGGCCAGGGAAGAGAUAUUUCAAACAAUAUCAGCCGCUUAUCUAGUCUGCUACUACAGCCGUUUUUAGUGUCGUCACGCAAUGCUCCUCCCCACAAACGGCUGCUGAAAACCGAACUACAUUCCUUUCCCUUUGUGUUUGUGGUCUAACGAACAAGCCAAUCAUGCACAAGAAGUUUGACAAUACGUGAGCCGCGGGGCGCUAAGAAGCGAGCACGAUUCUCAGUUUUCAACAAAUCAAUCAAUCGUCGCUGAAUUUAGACGGGUUCUGUGUUUUCAAGCAACGAAAAGGUUAAUUUGCAAAAAAGUUUGUUUUAAGCGGUCAAGAAAGUUCCAAGUGAAAGAAAGGUUUGAUAGGCCUAGAAGACUUUUACCAGGAUCGGUUGGUUCUUCAUUUAACUUGCAUAUGUACUGAUAUGUGAUGAAGAAUUUACAUGUGCCGGAUGUGCUUAUUGUGUUCCUGUGAAUACUAAACUCUCAAGGGUACUGAUUCAAAAAGCAAUCUAUUAAAUUAUCGAUGAGCGAUUUCCCGAACUAUACUUGGCAACUUUAUGAGCACAUCCAUGUUGUGCAUAGCAAUUUGCUCGACUUGCUUGCUGCUGGUGCUUAUCUCCUAAAUUUUAAAUAGGACUCGACUACGACAACACUACUCUAGUUAAUUGCUUGUUUUCACGCGACGUUUUGAUUAUUCUGUCAUUCACACAUGGGGCACCGAUAAAAGCAAAGCUGUGAUUGGAGGAGUCACAGUACCGCAAACGUGGCGCGAACACUUUCCAGAAAAUGGGAGCUGAAUUAUAAUUGGCUAAUCACGGGAAAGGAAUGUAGUUCGGUUUUCAGCAGCCGUUAGUGGGGAGGAGCGUUGCGUGACGACACUAAAAAUGGCUGUGUAGAAGACUACCGCUUAUCCGGAUGAGCACAAUUCAGUCAAAUAGACAGGAGAAAAAUGCAAAAAAUCACGUCAAGUUGACCCAAAAACUGCAAUGAAUCUGAAAAAUGUCCUAUUGCAUCUUAAAGGGGCUAUGUCACCCAACACGCAUGCGCGAGCCAAUGAAAACAAACUUGAAAAAGACAGCCCAACUUUUUCAAGUUGUGUCGGAGAUUUUGGAAGGCUGUUUUUAUCUGUCUAAAUCUCAGCCAUUGUUCGAUAGUUAGCGAAGUUUUGUAUUAAGAAUCAUUCUAUGGUGAUUACAGAACAAUUUUUUGGCGUUAUUUUAAAAUUGUUUGCCUGUGGAAUGUUUUUACGUGGAUUUACUGUGUCCUCUUAUCAGCGGCCGUUGUAAUAGAGUUUGCUUUCCCUUUUUAUCAACGGACUGCUUAUAGUGGAGUAGUAUACCAAUGAUGCUGGGUUCUGUUUUUCUCGACGUCGCAGUGAUUCGGCACGAUCGAACAAUUUUGCGCGAUAAUGUAUGUUUCCCUAAGAUCAAAACAAAGACUUGGUCUCUUGUUCUAUCAGCAUCUAAAUUAUAAAAUCAAUAGCGACAGACAAGUCUAAUUGUUAAUGAUUUGAAACAGUCUUGGUCUUUAUCUUCGGUCUAGCGUCUUUUGUAGCUCGUUUGUAAAAUACAACUUCCAUUUAUUUUGUUGAAUAAGACAAUAUGUUGUUGUUGAAUUUUGUUUGCGCUCUAUUUUAUGAAUGGCAUGCGUUUUUUACUUCAAAACUACAAGUAAAAUUGUCGUCGCAAUUUUAUUCUUGAUCUAGCAUAACCAGAGAAGAAACGUUCCAUAAAUUCUAUCGAAAUAUCCCUUAUCUAAACCCAUUUCGCUAAACCUCUCUAAAUUCGGAACCUUGGACGUGACAGAGAACAUGAAGAAAGUCACGCGUUAAAAACAAUAGAAUUUUGACAGUUGAAAGUAAUUUGCAUAACCUCACAGCGCACAUGGAGAAAGUCACGCGUUAAAAACAAUAGAAUUUUGACAGUUGAAAGUAAUUUGCAUAACCUCAGAGCGCAUGCUCUCCAGCUGACAUAGCCCCUUUAAAUCCCACGAUCCUAGUCCCCACAGAAAUGAAGCCUAGAAAUGUCUAGCAAAGGGAAAAAACUGUGCAAGAAAAGGGGGAGAAGGGAGAAGGGAGAAAGCACAAAGUAAAAUUUGGCAUUCUGCCCAUCCCCAAAAUUCAGAACCGGACGUUUGCCAGAACAAAGGGCAGCGUAAUGCUUAGCAUGAGAUCGGGCCCAAUUUUAGCCGCUUUUAUACCAAGGCCGUAGCUAGAAAUUUUUGACUAGGGGAAAUAAAGCGAGGUCUGGAGCAAUGCUCUUUCAGAAAAUUUUGAAAUGAAUGCAGCGGCAUGGAAAUACCAAUUUGUACAUAGAUAUGCCGUCCAAAGUAACGUCAGUCAAAGUUUAAAAGGACACGUUCUUUUAGAGCUUAAGGUUUUAAAAACUAUUGAUUCAUGAAUAUCUGAUCAGAAUCGCGGUCUAGGAUCGAUGUCUCCAAAUGGAUUUCCCUCUAAAAUAUCGAUUCGUCAUCAGUCAAUUGCAGUUUUUGAAGUUAAUCAUGGCAUAGAGUCAACGAUAUUAAGACUUACUCAGGGAACCCCGUUAAAACGACACGGGUUCGGACCUUUGCGCAAGUUAUGUUUCAUUGGCUGAUAUAAAUGGCCUCAGAUUCCGGUAUGUAUUCCGUCCCACGUUGAAUGAGGAAACGAGGAGCAUCCCUAGGCCACGUGCACUCAAACGACCCUCAUUCGUUGUAGAACGGUUCCACAAUAGCCCACUGUUCGAUAUAUUAAAUUCUAACACGACUCCGACGCUUUCUGGUCAUUUUUCUAUAUUUGGUUUUGUUUUCUUUGUGCUCAAGUCUCUUCUGGGAAUUGCGAGACAAUGGAGUCGUGAAAAAUUUGCAAUUUUGACCCUAAAGCCUUGGAGUCAUGUUAGAAUUUUAAUAUACUGAACGUGGGCUAUUUGAGACGCCUCAGAGCAGAGAAAGAGCGUUCACAAAUAAUACUUCCCACCGGUGUAGUAAGAAGAAUGGUAACGAUCUUGUGAAUGGCUAGAAAUAUCUGAGGAUACCCGAGAGUGCCGUAUCAAUCGCUACUCUUCUCAGGGUUUCGCUUAGUAUUAAUCACGUUUCAACCUACCACAUACGUGAGACACUUUCCUAUUAGAACGUUCAGCUGAAAUUUGCCAAAAAAUUUAAUUUAAAAGAACAUGCUAAGAACAUACACAACGCUCAGAAGAACAAUUUUUUUCACUGCUUUUACUUUCCUAAAUCCAGAGAAUCUGAAUUACCAUACCGUAUGUUCUACAUGAAGAAUGCAGGUAAAAUUUUGUUCUUUCAACACAUGCAUUGUACUUGUACAAUUUAUUAAUAUAAAAACUAUAAUCAUUAUCUUAUCUUGCCGCCAUACUGUAAGUCUAUAUGUCAGAUUUCCGUUAUUGAAAUUUAAGGACACCCGAAAGCACAUUUCUAGGCUGAAACUGCCCAGAAAAUAAGAACGGUCUAAGCUUAACUCAAAAAUGGGCGUUCUUAUAAAAAAUAGUGUUUGGCAGGAAGAAAAACACUGUUUACUGCUUUUUUUUCACGAAUGCCAAGUUACGACAUUAGUUACUCGGUAUUAAAAGGUUUUAAUUAAUUCUUUAGCUAUUAAAAAUUGUGAAAAAAAACUUUUCUUAAAAACAUUCAAGAAAUUGUUAAAAAGGUUAAAAAGUAUACGACGUUUCGACGUUCUCGGACGUCAUUAUCGAGUAAAAAAAAUACAGUGUGAAUGUUCUAUAAAUACAAGAAAAACAAUAGUUCAUUAAAAAGAAAAGUAACAUAUAAAAAUAUGCUGCAAGUUAAACAAAGAGUUUAGCACUGAUGGAGUCACUCUGAUUGUUAAGGCUGGGUCUCAAACUAUCUAUUAAGCUUUUUUUUCCACUUCCUCGCUAAAAGUUGUGUAAUCCAUAUCACCCGAAUCGUUUGCUUGGAAUUCCAGUGAUAAACCACUGAAGGACUUUUUGAUGGUGUCUUUCGAAGAUGCGUAUAUCAUUUUGUCUCCAAUCUUUGUAUCAUCGGGACACCUAAAGAGAAAAAGGGAAAUGAGAUGAAACGGGCUGGCUCGGCUCAUGCCUUGUUUCCUUAUAAAAUUGUUGCUGUGUUGUAUGAGAAGGCCGGCUGCCCCGUUUGCCAAGAUCGUGGUUGCUUGAAGGAAGAUCUCAGCAAGCGGGCCAGCCGGCCUUCUCAUAUAAACACAACAACAAUUUUGCAAGGAAAUAAGGCAUGAGCCGAGCCAGCAUGGUAAAGCAGGCCAGGCUGGCUCAUCUCAUAUAAACAGUCCCUAAGGAGAAAUGAGAACCAGGUAAAAAGAGUGUACUCCAUCAUACAAACUAAAGCUAAAGAGAUGUACCCAACACAUUUUUGAUUUAAUAAUCUCUUGAUGAAUGCAUACAUCAAUUCAGGGAGCAAGGGUGGCUCUAUGGUGAGAGCGGUGGUUAGAGCACACACCUCCCACCAAUGUGGUCCAGGUUUAAAUCCCGGCGUCGACUCAGUAUGUUGGUUGGUUUAGUUCUUGGUUCUCUACCUUGCACGGAGAAGGUUUUUUUCGGGUUCUCCGUUCUUUUUCCUCCAGCAAUCUAGUUUUCACUGGGUCGUAAGCGAUGGAUUCAUAAGCAGAGUCAGAAGAAAAUAGAAAUGUUCUGAUUAUUCUGACUCCAGUUCUGCAGCCUGCGUGUCAGGUAUUCGAAAAGGGGAAGGGGACGGGAAUUUUAGGGAGGGUGGGAGGGUGGGGAACGCCUGCAAGAGCGCCAUUAUUGUCACCAUCCCGCCUACUUAUUAUGUAUGCAAAGAUGACGCAACUGUAAACGUCUAACCAUCUGUUACUGUUAUUUAAUUAUUCAUUAUUUUUACAUCUCUCUAGUAGAUCUGAAAAUGGAAAAGACCAUACCGUCCUUGCAGGCGUUCCUUACAUUCCUCCUCGCGCGCCUUUCUGCCACGCAGACAACCAAUUCAGUGUAGACUUGCCAUAAGUCGACUGCGUGAGCGCCGAAGGCGCGAGGUGACGCUGGCGAAGCGAGCGAAAGCGAGCGACGAAGUAUUCUGUUGCACUAAUAACUCCGCUUACGUCUCAGAGUUUUGAUUUUCACUAGGUUAAUAACUUAUUUUGAAAAUAAAAUGUUCUUACAACUCUGACUCUGUUGAACAAGUAAAAUCCAGCCUAAAAUGUCUUGAGGCUAAAGGAAAAUUUUAUGCCCGGUCAGCAAUUAAAAAUGCAGAGACAACCUCACUCACCAAAAGAUGAAUGCCAACUUAUUAAUUAUCCGGCCAUUCUUAUUCGUAAAUCCAAAAUCAUACAAAAUAUAUCGUGGCUCUUUGCUGAGUUGCUCCUUCAUUUUAUUAAACUGUGCUUCAUCUUCUUCUUUUGCUUCUGUUUUGCAUGGAUCACCACACACGUCAACAAUAAUUUUCUUCUUUCCUUCAAUUUUAAAAAAUGCAUACUUGUGUAUGCUUCUCAACUUCAUAUCAUUAAACAAACCGCUGAUUCCAGCAUCGACUUCUAUCCCUGACAUAGACUGUAUUAAGAGAACAUAAGAAUAAAAUUAAGUAAAGUAAAAAACCUUAUUAAGGGCAAAGCCUCUCAACUCUUGGUAUCUUCUUGUAGCGCCCAGAUUCAAUAGGUAGCAAGUGGAAGAAAUUCGCAUUUUAGUUACUGCCACUCUGACUUGUCUUAGCGUUCUUUAUUAAAUCAAGAUAAUAUUCAAAUCUGACUUCGUUUUUCACUUCACUGUACAGGCUUAAUUUAUUUUCAAUUGAGGAGUCGAAUUUAUCCUUGUUCAGUCUUUUCGACCAAUAUUCAAGGCAUUCUUUAAACAAAUUUCUUUUAAACAUUCUAACAAGGUGAGGAAAUGUCCUGUAGUCAAGAUGUGACAGAUUUGGAGUAUAAUCACUUAAUUUGGUAAAGAGUAAUAGGUGUGUUACAGUAGUAAACCAUGAAUACUUACCUACAUUAUUUAAAUGGAUGUUUAUCGCUAGGGCGAGCUAGGGCGCUAUUUAAAAUUGGGUCAUUUUGUAAGGUAAGUAACCAUAAGAAGUACUUAAAAAUUCUAGUGUAAAUAAUAAGAUGAAGAGGAAAACGUCCGAGUUCUCCCUUCACAGCAUGGUUACUUGCUUUAGAGUGAACCCCUAAGGCCAUUUUGCAUACCUUGUUAUGCAUAUUCUCGAGAUUAGGCGACCCUAUAUUAAGAGUUAAGAACGGCAAUCUACAAUUUCAUCAAAGCACUCCAACUACUUACCAUUGUGAUGGUUGAUCGUGACUUUUAGUUUCAAAACACCUUGAAAACAAAAUAGUGUAGGGGCACCGCUCUGGCCUGCUGGUAGCACGUUGAAUGAUUAAAGUAGCUUCACUGAUUUGCUCUGGUCCAAGUUUAUUGAUCUGCUCCUAGCUCCUAGAGCGCAUUCGAGUACCUACAACCUGCUGUGAUUGGUCGAAACCUAGCGACUAUUCAAAAGUUCUUUUGUACAAAGAAACAACGGCAUCCUUUGAGGGAUUACAACCGUUAUUUGGGUUGUGCUAUCGAAUACUUAAAGUGGCUGUAAAUUCAAUGUUGUGACGCUGUAGUGAUGACAGUUAACGUCAAUUGAACAUAUUUUGAUACCAAUCACCAAGUGGUUGCUGGAAUAAGUGCGCAGUACUUUUCGGAACGUGAUCUGUUUACUCUGAUUACACAAUAUAUACGACAAAAGCUUUGUAUAAAAAAUAAAAAAGGACGCCGACCAAGAUUAGCGAAACUACAUAAAAGGUUAAUAGGUGGUUUUCAUGCAUCCCCGGGAGACACAAUUAACAAUGGUGAAAUGAACAAAUGCUGGUGGACAAACAAAGCGAGCUAAUGAGCGAUCUUUUGUUUACCGUCCACCAGCAUGGGGGCGAUAGACGAGUAGGCAAACACGUGAGAAAUUACAGUGUUUGUAUGAGAAUGUAAUGUCAAAUAAUUUCCGUAAAAUGGCUGUUCUGAAAUAAAUAUUAAUUGUAAACUAAAGCUACAAAGCAAAGGAUUGUCCUAAAAAAAUUUGGGGAGUACCUGUGCUUGAAUUUCUCCAGAGGCUUGCUUUAGAUUUCCCAUAUUUUUGUCUGUAAUUUUCCCGGAACUUGCUUACAGACAAAUGUAUAGAAAAUGUUAAAAAGUGGUUCUAGGUCUUCUAUUUCAUGUAACGCCCUCAAAUUUUUUCAGGUGAAUCCUUAGGAGUGAAGCUUUAGUUUACAAAUCAUAUUUAAAUUUAGUGUCCGUUGUCCGUAUUGGAGAGAGUCCGUAUUACGGGUUUUUUUUUUUAAAGAAAAUAUAUGAGAAUUUUAUCGGGACAGUGGAAACUGUCCGUAUUAGAGAGGUGUCGGUACCGAGAGGCAUUGUUCUUUUUUGAAACGGCAACACUAAACAACAAAACGAAAUCAAAGGCUCCUGUGAGCCAGCUCAUGGAUGAAUUCGAUAAGUGUAGCAAUAAGUCAACAAGACCCUCAUAAUGGGACUACAUUGGUUUGUCGGCGUACCUGACAAUUUGUGAGACGGAGUCAGGGCUGUGUAUUACUAACUUCUACCAAUGAACAAAAAUAGGCAAAUUAUCCUUUUAAAACAAGAAACGAUGACGUGACUAGUUUGGUCUAACCUGGUCAACUUUUGGCGUUUUAAAAUGCUGUUAAAAAGCAGUGAAGCAAAUUAUUAAGUUUUAGUUUUGUUUCUGUCUGGUAUUGCAUUAUUAGCUGCUAUAUGACAGUCAACAAUUUAUGUAUUUACAUUCGGCGGAGCUAAACGUAGUGGCAGUGACAGAGAAUGUAAAUACUUUCUAUUGGUAUGAACGCACGUGAGCCGCUAUGGCGUUAAUUGACUCUAUUGUUAUUAGGUAUAUAAGGUUUUGACAGUUGUAAUGUAUUCAUCUCAGCUCUCAAAUUAUCAACUUUUAUUUUUAUAUCUUACUUUAUUCAUCUAUCGAUUGAUUUUUUACCUUUAACCCCCAGAGGUUGUGCGACCGCAUCGGUUGGGGAAUACGUCCCCAAUUUUUUCCCAUUGGGUUUUUGGGUUUUCGUAUCAGGCGGCGCACGUGAAUAGUUUAGCCUGAGUGACUUUAUUUAGGGAUAUUUGUAUACCGUUCUUUACUUAUGAUGUUGAACUUUGUAUGAUAUUUGGACGGCAUUAAACACUCAGGCUCCUUAGUUCGAGCUGCACACCCAUUCCCGUCUCUUAGUCGUGAAUAUAAAUAGGAAUAGCAAUAAUUUGCACUUUUAAUUUUCAAUAGCUGCUCCCGGCUUAUUGUUGAUUCAAGAUUUCCAUAUGUUUCUUCGUUGCUAGAUUUUUUCUAGUUUUCGUAAGUCUGUCGGAAUUAGAACUUUAACCAAAACGCUUGAAAAACGUAAGUUUUUUAAAAGAAUACCAGGUCGAUGGUGAGACAUUAAGAUUUGAUCCUAAUUGUUCGCUUCAAAAAUAAACAUGCUCGUUUCCGUAUAUCUCUGGCACGUCUGAUCCAUUACUCGCUCAUUUUUGGACACCACCACACUUGGGAAGAUUUUCUUGUUCUGCAAAACUUGUGCAUCAAAGUUCAUCGUUGGCCGCAACCUUUUUCACAGAGUCCUUCUCUCCUCCUCCCUCGAGGAUUAGAAAGGGCCCUUGGAACGAAGUUUCGUUGACGUAACAUCUUGUACGAGGGCUGCGGCUUCCAAUGCAAUGAGGGGUUGAGGGCGUUUCAGGAGUGAACAGUGCUGUAUAUGGUGUUAAGCUGACAUUGCUAAGAACAUUUUAUCAGAUAUGUAUUGUACAGUCUUCUGAGAGCAAUGAGGCUGAAAUCUAAAGUCUUGAUUUUCUCUUUUUAAAAUACUACAUAUAACGUGUAUAACUUCUUUGUAAACUUUGUGUUUGAGGCAUUUCCUUUUUGUUAUCUUUAAUAUUGCUUUUCGUACAUCCUUCGUCCCGUUUGUCAAGAUGUUUAUUGACCAGUUUGGCUACUGGGCACCGUGUAUAACUGCUGUUUAUCAUGUCAGGUAAGGUACAACCAAAUGAUCUGCAAGGGGUAUUCGCUUUUAGUAAUCAACAAAACUAUACCCAUCUCACUCUCUUCUCCCCAGAGACCUAUUUUUGUCGUGAGGAGGUUGGGGAGAGGAAGAAAAGUGAGCGCGCGGAGGAUGAUGGGAAGGCGAACGAGAUGAACAUAGGCUACAUCCAGUCUUCCUCGCAAAUGCGGCGCCGUCUUGAAAUGCAUGACAGAGCAGAGCAGUCGGCACCAGAUCCCAUCGGCCUAAACCCUUUGGUCAGCUUAUGAAGUUUACAAAACGUAGUAUUCUUUAUUGCUUCUACACUACACUUAGAUGAAAUUCUGCUCAGCAAAUGUUCAUCAAAGGGUAUGUCUCUUCAAUUUUUAAGGAAAAAAUCAUUCCGAAGAGCAUGAGUGGGUAUCGAACCCGGAGUGUAGGUUCAGCAGGCCAUCACCUUACCACUAGGCCACUGAGGUGAUUUGAUUUGAACUUAUAUAGCAACACUCCUAAGCCUCGAUAGAAGCUAACCGUUUCGAGUCAGUGCUUAACCCAAAACACUAUUUUCAGGGCUUAACCUUAAUCGCCCUAAUCAAUGCUUAACCCCAAUCACUACUUUCAGUGCUUAACCCUAAUCAGUAUUGCUUAAUCCUAACUACUACAACCGAAGCGAUAAGGAAUCCUAAGUUGUGUAAACCUCAUGAGGUGUCCGAGGUGGUUUAGGCCGAUGGGAUCUAAUGCUAACCAAGCAGAGCAUAGGCUCUCACAUUUUCGACGUUUUGAAAUCGACACUCACAUGCACAUCAUUAAGGACUGCUAUUACAAUGUUAAACCGUGUUUAAUGUUGUUAACUAUUUAGGUUCUAAACGAGUUUGGCUUUGGAGUGUAUUGUAGGGGUUAUUAUGUGAAGGUGCUGAAAUGAACUGCGUUACAUAAAGUUCCAAAUAGUGCCACAUUGUUAAUGGUUGUUCUCCUAUAUAUUACUCGCCGUAUAUGCCCUAGCCUGCAUUACAUAGCAUGACCUAACCCCGUUUUAAACGUGUGCUGUAACGCAUAACUGUAGAAUCGUCUUCAGUCAUUUUUUUGUGAACGCGAGUAGAGUAAUGAGCGCCCAGAGCGUUCUCCCGCGCCUUAAGUUUUUUUCCCCUUCCUUUUCAAACGGCAACCACUCAGAUGUUAUAUGUGCUGAUACUAAAAAUUGUCAUAGAGAUAAUAAAUUAUCGAUUGAUUACUGCACGAAUUAUUUUUCAGUAUGAGUGUUAUGGAAGGCCUUACUUAUAAUGAAACUAUGUACAGACUCAGGACACUUUACUGGCCAACACUAAAGGCAUGCUGGAUGAUAUGGCCCGCAGUCACGGUAAGUGAAAUAUGCGUCAAGAUUACCGGGCGUGGGUUGUAAUUCGCCAUUUCUAGUUUGCGCACGAGACUUCGUCGGGUGUUUUGUCGAACUGUAUUUUGAGACUAUUUUGGGGCAUCAGCGCUUCUUCUAUAACGGAGGGGAGAAGUGUGAUAUGACGUUACCAUGGGACAAAAUUUCUGGAAUUCAAAACGAUCCGCAAAGAUCAGCAAUGAAAAGUAGGCAAAGCUGAGUCAAGCAAUCAGAUGUAAGCCCCUGCGGACUGUGAAGCAGACUCGGGGGUCACCCCGUACAAGCUUGCCUGCCUAGGGCUCAACCGCUGACCCAUUAGUGAUGUCUCGAGGUUAACCUUCAAUCGGCGACUCUAACUCUCUCUAACCGGCUCUAAUCGUUUAAUCUGCAAAGGGUAUAUCCCAUCACGGCAGAUGUGCAAAUGUGGAUAUGGUUAUGCUCAAAUGUAAUCAUGGUGCCAGGGUUAAGUAAAAAACGUUCCUGGGUCAGCGUUUUUAAGGAUGGCACAUGACGGCCAGUUUAAAAUCCUCCACUGACGUCUUUUCAAUGACACUAUUUGGUAAAGAGUUCCAGUCUCUGAUUGUACGUGGAAUAAAACUGUAUUGGUAUUUGUUUGUUUUGGCCCUAACUUGAAUGAAUGUCUUAGGGUGAAAUUGCCUAGCGCCCUGUCGCCUUUCAAAUGAUUUAUUAGGGUGAAAAUUGGAUAGCUGAUAGACCAGAAAUUACUUUAAACAUCAUUGCCACUUUCCUUCUUUUUUCAAGUGUUGGCCAUUUCAAAUCAUUCAGAAUUUUGGUGACAGUUCCAGGAGUAAUGCUAUAUUCAUUUUUAACAAAAUCUUCCGCUCGUCUCUGCACACAUUCUCAAUGUCCUUUACCUGUUUUUGCCAGUGUGUGGCUUCCAUACGCAACAUCCAUAUUCAAGCUGUGGUCAAACCAAAGCAAGAUAGGUUUCCUCUUUUACGUUUUGAAGUUAGUUGAGACACUUCGCCCUAUUAAGGGGCUUUCUGACGUCUUACUGACUUCCAAAGGGUAAAUGAAAGCUUUUCCUCCCCCAUCCCCUACAUGCAAUGUUGUGCCGCUGUUCGAGCUUUCUAUUUAAAAUAACAAACACUCUAUUUUUGAAUGGAGGAGAGGGGGAGGGGUGUGUAUUCCUUUGUUCUCUGUAGUUACGCUAUUUGAGUACAAUGUCUCAACAAUUUUGUCGCCGAUUUUUGCCUACAUUACAGUACCCCACGUUCGAUAUUGACCACUCCAGAAAAUACCAUAACAUACCAUAAUGCUCUUUGUUUGUCACCCCAAAAUUUUGCAUAAGCAUUGUCUUCAGUUUCUCUUGGGAGUUAAAAUGGGACGAAGAGAAACUGAAAACAAUGUAUAAGCAAAAUUUUGGGGUGACAAACAAAGAGCAUUAUGGUAUGUUAGUAUGGUUUUUCUGGAGUGGUCAAUACUCUAACAUGACUCCCAGGCUUUAGGGACAAAAUUGCACAUUUUUCACGACUCCAUUGUCCCGCAAUUCCCAGAAAAUACUUGAGCACAAACUAAACGAAAUAUAGAAAUAUGACAAGAAAGCCUCCGAGUCACGUUAGAAUUUUAACAUGUUGAACGUGCGCUAUUUAGCCACAUUUUAAUGUGGCUAAAUAUUAAAGGCUUCUGUGGCUUCUUAGCCUUCUGUGGCUAAGUAUUUCCAGGUUUUCCUCAUUAAUCUUUUUCUGAUUGUCUCUGUAGAUUGUUAAUUUUAGGUUCAUACCAGUUGCUCACCAGCUUAACUUUUGUCUGGCUGUCAGUUUGGUUUGGGCAACAAUUUUGAGUGUCAUACGAGCCUCCGAAGCAAGCCAUGUAAAGGAAAUUGAAUCUAAAGACACCAUAUCUAUAACAAAC